AUGCCGCACCAGCUCCAGUCCACCGGCCAGAUCGGCUGCGAGGGCUGCCACCGCACCCUCGCCUACCCCAUCGGCGCCCUUUCCGUCCGGUGCCCGAUGUGCUCCACCGUUACCACCGUCUAUCAGUUCAGCGUCACCUGUGUUUGCUGCCGCUGCGUGUUGAUCCUUCCACAGAACACGAGCCUCGAGAUGUGCCCGCGAUGUCGGACGGUGAUGUUGAUCCCCGCGAGCAUCCGCGAGGGUGGGGCCGACCCCCGCAUACCCCCGCGGCAGUGCGUCUACAUUGACAAGCCUCCCACCAUUGAUGCAUCCGGCCGGAAGGUCACCCACCUCGCCGUCGGCCCCAAGAUCGACAGCGACGCCACGAAGGACGCAGCGUAG